AUGUUGCUGCUGGCAUUACGCAGGAGGCGGCCCCAUGACUGUAACAAGCUGAUGCAAGGGUGUCGGGCAACCGAAACCUCAGUGGAAAGGGGAUGGAGCAAAAGUAUAACCGACAGCGGUGACGACCAGCCGAGUACUCACUGUGCCAGCUCGCCUCUCUGUCGGGCUCCCCUCCCCUUUUGUUUCCGGGUUGAACCAGAGGUUUGGUUCCGGCAGGUGCAGUUGGUGGUGAAUUUGGCGGAGAUGAUCAGGGAUACUUUGAAAAUUUUGAUUGCAACUGACAUUCAUCUUGGUUAUUUGGAAAAAGAAUGCCGUAAGGAAGGUGAUACUCUUGUUACUUUUGAUGAGAUUUUAAAAUGUGCACAGGAUAAUGAGGUUGAUUUUAUACUACUGGGUGGUGACCUCUUUCAUGACAACAAACCUUCCCGGAAGACAUUACAUACCUGUAUGGAGUUAAUGAGGAAAUACUGCAUGGGUGACACUCCAAUACAGUUUGAAAUAUUAAGUGACCAGUCGGUUAAUUUUGGUUUUAGUAAGUUUCCUUGGGUAAACUAUCAAGAUGGAAAUUUAAACAUCUCCAUUCCUGUUUUUAGUAUUCAUGGUAACCAUGAUGACCCUACAGGGGCUGAUGCACUGUGUGCUUUGGAUCUCUUGAGCUGUGCUGGAUUAAUAAACCAUUUUGGUCGCUCUAUGUCAGUUGAAAAGAUUGACAUUAGCCCCAUUCUGAUUCAGAAAGGAGGGACCAGGCUGGCCCUCUAUGGGUUAGGAGCCAUUCCCGAUGAGCGUCUCUACCGAAUGUUUGUAAAUAAGCAAGUCACAAUGCUGAGACCAAAGGAAGAGGAAGACAGCUGGUUUAACAUGUUUGUCAUUCAUCAAAAUAGGAGCAAGCAUGGAGCUACCAAUUACAUUCCAGAGCAAUUCUUGGAUGACUUCCUUGACCUUGUCAUUUGGGGACAUGAACAUGAGUGUAAAAUAGCUCCCACAAGAAACGAACAACAGCUGUUUUAUGUUUCACAGCCCGGAAGCUCUGUUGUCACUUCCCUUUCUCCAGGAGAAGCUGUAAAAAAGCAUAUUGGAUUGCUGCGAAUCAAAGGAAAGAAAAUGAAUAUGCAGAAAAUUCCUUUGAAAACAAUUCGUCAGUUUUUUAUUGAGGAUGUUGUUCUGGCAGAUCACCCUGAUAUAUUUAACCCAGAUCACCCCAAAGUCACACAGAAAAUAGAGGCUUUCUGUAAAGAGAAGGUGGAAGAAUUAUUGGAUGUUGCUGAAAGAGAACGCAUUGGAAAUCCACGUCAGCCAGAAAAGCCUCUAAUAAGACUGAGGGUGGAUUACAGUGGCGGAUUUGAACCCUUCAAUACUCUUCGAUUUAGCCAGAGAUUUGUUGAGCGAGUGGCAAAUCCCAAGGAUAUCAUUCAUUUUUUCCGGCAUAGAGAACAUAAAGACAGGAAAGCAGAUACAGAGAUUAAUUUUGAGAAAAUUGCAAAUAGAUCUUCGGAAGGAAUGACAUUAAGGGUGGAGGACCUAGUCAAGCAGUAUUUUGAGACUGCAGAGAAAAGUAUUCAAUUGUCACUGCUGACUGAAAGGGGCAUGGGAGAAGCAGUGCAAGAAUUUGUUGACAAGGAAGAAAAAGAUGCUAUCGAUGAACUAGUAAAAUUUCAAUUGGAAAAGACACAACGUUUUUUGAAAGAGCGGCAUAUUGAUGGUAUUGAGGACAAGAUUGAUGAAGAGGUACGGCAAUUUCGUGAAAUGAGGAAAAAAAAUGUAGCAGAAGAAGAUGAAGAGGUUAAAGAAGCAAUCACUCGAGCCAGGGCACAUAGGGCUGAAGGAAAAGGUAUCUCGUCGUUUGUUAGUGAUGACGACAUGGAUUACAUGGAAAGUAUUGAAGAAAAAGUUGCAGACCCUGAUGAAAGUGCACCAGUACCUACGAGAGGGCGAGGAAGAGGUCGUGGAAGGGGCAGCACCAGAAGCCAGAGUUCUUCCACUGGAAGAGGAGGAUCUACAAGAGGGAGCAGAAGUGGUGGAAGGGAAAACUGGCAAAGAAUCAAAGGUCGCCAGCAGUAGGCAGGGCAUACAAGACUCCAGUAGUUACACAAACAAAGAAUGCACCCAUCAUGGAAGCUUUUAAAGCAGCAAGCCAGCGGCAAGUACAGACCACGCCCAUAGAGAUUACAAGUAGUGAUGAUUCAGAGAUGGAAGAUAGUUGUUUAAAAAAUACUUCAAA